UGUCAUCAGAGCUGCUGCGGGACAGACGGAACACCUUCACGGUCACACUGAACAUGCCGGGACUGCUGCUCGGAGAUGAAUUUCCUGAUUUUGAGGCGGAGACCACCAACGGCAAAAUUAAAUUCCACGAAUUUCUCGGUGAUUCAUGGGGAAUCCUGUUCUCCCACCCCAGAGACUACACCCCGGUGUGCACCACAGAGCUGGGUCGAAUUGCAAGACUGAGCAGUGAGUUCAGUAAACGCAACAUUAAAAUAAUCGCCCUGUCCAUCGACACCCUGGAGGAUCACCACGGCUGGACCAAGGACAUCCUGGCAUACAACUGUGAGGAGUCUGCCUGCUGCUCGCUCCCCUUUUCCAUUAUAGCGGACAGAAAACGCGAGCUGGCAGUGGCCCUGGGCAUGUUGGACCCAGAUGAGAAGGACAAAGAUGGCCUGCCGCUUACUGCCCGCUGUGUGUUUAUUAUUGGCCCCGACAAAAGGCUGAAACUGUCACUUCUCUACCCGGCCACCACCGGACGCAACUUUGAUGAGAUCUUGCGAGUGGUGGACUCACUCCAGCUCACAGCAGGGAAACGAGUGGCAACACCUGCCGACUGGAGGCCUGGAGACUGUGUGAUGGUCCCUCCCAACAUGUCUGAGGAGGAGGCUGCCUCUUUGUUCCCAGCUGGCGUCUACACCAAAGACCUGCCCUCUGGCAAGAAGUACCUGCGCUACACACCCCAGCAAUAAGCACGGGCAGAGACAGCACUGAUAUUCAACACUCACUUAUGUCACACUUAAUAAAGCAGCUGGCAAUCAUGGACCUUCAGGACCUUGAGUUACUGCUAGUUUUUGUCCCUACCAGGUAGAUAAACAAGUCAGCGGGCAUCCCACUUGUGCCUUAAUGGAUGGAAUAAAAAUGAAUGCCUUAAGGAAUAUGUAGGACUUUUCUAAAUUAGAGAUUUUACAGUAUUUACAACCCCCAAUAAUAAAAGCUACUAUGUUCAGCCCACUUUUCUAAAGGGGAUGGUUUUUGGAAACAUAUGUGGUUGAGAUGGGAACACAUUUUUAAUUUAAAUAUAUAGCAAACAGUUUAUUAUAUACAGUAUGGCAGAGAAGUUUCUGUUUUGUAACAGUGCUAUACUAUCAGGGUUAAAAUAUUUUGGAUCAUGUAUGUAUUGUCUACCUAUGCACAUCUUUUUGGAUGCAAGAGGAUGCAAACAAUGUUAUUUCCAUGCCAUUUUAUCUGACAGGUGUACUCCAUUAAACACAGUUAGUUACA